AUGGAUGAGCGUGGCAAUAUUGAAAAUCGAUGGAUGGCGCGUACCUGGGACGUCUGCAUGGUGGCACACACAUAUUACCACGGAGACAAGCGAAGGACGGCACGACGGUUAGAUGAUCGGUGGAUACAAAUUCAAGGAAAACGCGCUUACGGCGAGAUAUCUCGACCAGGUGAACAUAUACCGCGACACCGGGAGCCAUUGCGUGGAGAGAGAUCUCGAUCGAGUGGAAGUGACAAACAACGGACCACUGAGGAGUCUCCGAGACCUCUGUCGAUACAUCGUGACCGCAAUGGGAACCAAACACCAAGAAGAUAUCAUCAAGAUGGAGACUGGGUGAUCACAAAUCCACGCGAAGAGGAUCUUCGACCAGGCCCAAGCAGUCAACAGAUGCCGGUGCCAGAAGUUGCCAAGGAAGGCCCAACGAGAAGCAAAGCUCCAGAAACACCUACCUCUGGAGCCAGCGCACAGCCAGAACCACAACCUGUGUCUGGUCCGGACCGCCAACCUACUGUUCAAGAGGUGGAAGAUGAAGCAACCGCCUCGGAUGCCUCCGAUCAAUCAGUGGUCAUGGAGAAAGAUUACCUCGUGGAUCCAGAGAUGAAAGAGCGUUUACAGACUGCGAAAACUCGGCAGGCCCAGCGAAGUGCAAGAGUCCAAGACAUUGAGAACGAUAAGCUUCUCGUCGAAGGAUCCGUCAACAGAGGGGCGAUGGCCCCACCGACCACGCAAGGAAUGCUGCUACUGACCCUGCACCCCCAUAAUGAAGAUCAACGGGAGCGAGAUGGGCAGCCGCCUGAACCGACAACAGAGGAAGAAGAAGCCCACAGGAGGGAGACUGAACGUCAGAAGCUACGCGAGCAGAGAGAUGAUGAGAGAGCUGAGCGCAACAAGGCUCGAUUCCGAGCCGUCCUUUUCAAGGAGGUCGAUCUAUUCUGGAUCUCUCAGAUGAAUAUAUUCCAAGGCUUCUGGGCCACGCCAUGGGCGGCUAACGACUCUAUGCCUCUGCAGUCUGCACUUGUUGGGGCUGUGACGGUUAUCCUUGAAGCGCUCUUGGGAUUCCUGGACCAAACCUCUCUGAUCUACACGGAUCAGAAUUACUCAUCCUUAUCGUCCUGUCGGCAAACGACACAUUUCAUGUUCGGCGGAUUCGCAACUUAUCCUGCAUAUGCCCUCAACGGACGUGGCGGCGUCAUCGCGUCCGGGACGUACACUGGAGUCCGCAUCCCAGCGUUCCAAACCAUCAUCCCCGCCGUUGAACUCCUCUACUCGUACGACUGGCAAGUCGAUGCUCGCCUUCGCGACCCAGUCCGCUUCUGCGAAGAGCAAAACGUCGAACUCAUGCGUCUCGACUCGUGGCUCUCCUAUGUCGGCCGGACUCGCGAGAUCUUAGACGGCCGGCAUAAGUUGUUGAAACAGACGCCGGCGCUCGUCGCGGAAAUCUUCGAGGACUUCAUUCUCGAUUUCCAGAACAUCGAUCUCUCUGCCAACGAGGGCGGCUUACAAGAUAUUCAGAGUCUUGUGGCAAAUGUAAUGGAUUUCUUGGCAGAUGAGGAACUCAGUGAUGCUGAGCAGCUGUACGUGCUGGUUGCACUACUUAGGACCGUCAAGGCUUGUCAAUGUAUCUUAGCAGGCCCGAGUACUGCUCAGAUGCGAGAUAUUCUACUUAUGGAUGUGCAGGUACACUUGGUCUGA